AAUUCGCCAUAAAACAAAAACGCGUUCUGAGGCACAUUGUGGUCUUGUGAGUAACACAAUAAAUAAACUGCAAACUACAUAAUUGCAGUUUGUUCCUAACUAUCAAUUGCAGUGUUUUGAAUUCCAAUAUAUAGUCCAAUGUCCACCACCACCUACAGCGGGAUAGGUGACCGUUCCGGGUCUGGCAAUUCCAACAAUUCUGGGUCUGAAGGAAUUGUAAUUGCUGUUGUCAUAGUUGUGAUUCUUGUGAAGAUAGGUCUUUUCAUUUGGUUAGUGCCCAAAUGCAUGAAAAGAUUUCAGGUUAUUCAUUAUUCAAAAUCGUCGCUUAAAGAAGCAACAGACAAACAAUUUAUGACACUCACAAUGGAUAAAUUUCUGAAUGACAUGGAAAGGGAGAAGCCAAUAAGGUUCACUGAUCAGCAGCUAAGGAUUGCUACUGAUAACUACUCUUUUCUUUUGGGGUCAGGAGGUUUUGGAGUUGUUUAUAAAGGAAGUUUCAGCAACGGAACCAUCGUAGCCGUGAAAGUUCUACGUGGGAGUUCUGACAAGAGAAUUGAUGAGCAGUUUAUGGCAGAAGUGGGUACCAUUGGAAAAGUCCAUCAUUUUAAUCUAGUUCGUCUAUAUGGGUUUUGCUUCGAAAGACACUUGAGAGCACUGGUUUACGAGUACAUGGUGAAUGGUGCACUCGAGAAGUACCUGUUUCACGAAAACACAACCUUAUCAUUCGAAAAGCUUCAUGAGAUCGCAGUUGGUACUGCGAGAGGCAUUGCUUACUUACAUGAAGAGUGCCAACAGAGAAUAAUCCACUACGACAUUAAACCGGGAAAUAUUCUCUUGGACAGAAACUUCUGUCCUAAAGUUGCUGAUUUUGGUUUGGCCAAGCUUUGCAACAGGGACAAUACUCAUAUAAGCAUGACUGGGGGCAGGGGGACUCCUGGUUAUGCCGCACCUGAGCUUUGGUUGCCAUUUCCUGUAACUCACAAGUGUGACGUUUACAGCUUCGGCAUGCUGCUAUUUGAAAUCAUUGGCAGGAGAAGAAACCAUAACAUUAACCUUCCAGAAAGUCAGGUGUGGUUUCCAAUGUGGGUUUGGGAAAGAUUUGAUGCCGAAAAUGUGGAGGAUUUGAUAAGUGCCUGUGGGAUAGAGGAUCAAAAUAGGGAGAUUGCAGAAAGAAUUGUUAAGGUAGCUCUGUCAUGUGUUCAGUAUAAGCCAGAAGCAAGACCUAUAAUGAGUGUUGUGGUGAAAAUGUUGGAAGGUUCUGUUGAAGUUCCAAAACCUCUGAACCCAUUUCAACACCUGAUUGAUUGGACUCCUCCUCCCACUGAUCCGGUCCAAGCAUCGCAGACCAAUACCGAUACAAGUAUUUGUUCCGACUCUUCGGAGUUGGUAGCCAAAUCUGUCCACGUAGUUGCCACGCCUGUUAUGACCAAGUACGAGAUUGAAUUAGCCUCUGCCUAAACUUUAUUCAAUGAUUGAAAAAAAGAUCAAUCACUAUAAGUUGUAGAAAAUGUGGCAACCUUGUACUUUUUAUUUUUCAUUUGAUUUCUCAUGGGGUCAUCUAUGAUAUGUCUACCAAGUGAAUUGCAUCUUUAUAUUUCAAAUAAGUCACUGAAAAUUUAUUUCCCUUUA